AUGGAGCUUCAAACCUACGCCGGGCUCUCACAUACCCUCCAGACAACAGCCAUUGCCCUUCUCAUUUUCGCACUAUGUACCUACUGGCCAAAACUCAAGGCCAAGGCGCAAUUAGCCAAGCUGCCCUCUCUCCACGACUCCAAGCUGAUGGGAGAGGAUCAGCGUCAAGCCUAUCUCCAGUCUUGCAGGAAGAUGUACAUGGAGGGCUACCAAAAGUUCAAGAAAGUAGUCUACCGCAUCGUUGCGGAAAGCGGAGAAACUCAUAUCGUGAUCCCGCCCCAUCUAUUGCCUGAGUUGCGAAGACUCCCAGACGAUGUCCUCAGCUUUCCCAAGGCUGUUGAAGAAAGCAUGGAAGUCAAAUACACAAAGAUCUUGACAGAAUCAGACCUCACUCUUCACAGCAUCAAAGCAGAUCUGACCCCGGCACUUCCACGAUUGAAUCCCAUGAUAUGUGAAGAAGUCGAUGCCUCACUGCGACAAUACAUGCCGCCUUGCCCUGAUUGGACAGAGGUGAAGAUCAACAAGGUCCUCGUCGACAUCGUUGCCAGAGUCUCCGGUCGCAUCUUCGUCGGGCCUGAGCUGAGCGAGGACCCCGCCUACCUCGAAGCAGCCAGCAACUACACGAUGGAUCUCAUGAUGGCCGUCAACCGGGUCAAGACGAUGCGACCCUGGCUCCGACCAUUCUUGGCCAAUCGCACCAAAGAAGUGCGCCAGCUGCGCGAGCGUGAAGUACAAGCCCAACGCUACUUCAAGCCUCUGAUCAACGAACGCAUCCACGCCAAGAAGACGGACCCCAACUGGCAAGCUCCAGACGACAUGCUACAGUGGAUGCUCAACCGCAUGACGGACAAGGUGCCCGUUGCUGAAGUGGCACAGGCACAGCUCGGCCUUACCUUUGCCGCCAUCCACACCACCACCCUGACGGCUACAAAUAUCCUCUUCACCCUCGCCGUCACACCAGAGUACAUGGAGCCCCUUCGCGAGGAGAUCCGCAAUGCAAUGGCCGAUAAUGACGGGAAGAUUACGACGCGGACACUGCAGCAACUCGUCAAGUUGGAUAGUUAUAUGAAGGAAGUUAGUCGCUUUCACCCGGCUGGAGUUACCUCAUUCAACCGCCGCGUCCUAAAAGGCAUCACCCUCUCCAACGGCCAAUACAUCCCCCCCGGCGUCCUCCUCGAAACCCCCGCCCAAGCAAUCUCCUUCGACCCCGCCUACUACCCCAACAGCACCACCUUUGACGGCUUCCGCCACGCCAAACUCCGCGCCGCCGGCACCGGCACCGACCACGCCCGCAACCAAUUCGUCACCGUAAACGAAAUCAGCCUCGGCUUUGGAUAUGGUCGCCACGCCUGCCCCGGUCGCUUCUUCGCGACCAAUGAGAUUAAGAUGAUUUUGGUGCGCUUGAUUCUUGCGUAUGAUGUUAAGAUGCCUGGGGGGAGGAGGGAGCGGUGGGAGCAGAUUGAGUUGGGGAGGAGUAACAGUCCGGAUGCGAGUAAGGGGUUGUUGUUUCGGAGGGUGGAGGUUUAG